AUGGCUGGUUAUGCUGCCCUAAAGAACCGGUCACGGGCCGAUUAUCCUUACAUCCGAGAGUACAGGACCCGGUGGAGUGACAAUGACAUGUACGACCACAUGAAUAACUCAAUCUACAACUUUCUCUAUGACUCGGUCAUCAAUACCUAUCUCAUUGAGCACUGCGGCCUCAAGCCGCCCACCUCCCCUCAGUACGGCAUGGUUGUCCACUCGCACAAUGACUACUUUGGCCCCAUUUCGUUCCCCGCGGUAGCCGAGCUUGCUCUGCGUGUCAACCACCUCGGUAAAUCGAGCGUCAGAUAUGAAAUCGCCCUGUUUGAGAAGGGCAUCGACAACGUCAAGGCGGUCGGGGAAUUCGUCCAAGUCUUUGUCGAUCGCGCCACGGGGCGGCCGAGCGAGACUGGGAUGAGUGACUCCCUACGGGAAGGCCUCAGCAGCAUCCACGCUCGUCCGAUCGCGAGCAAGAUCUAA